AUGCCGACAAGAUCCUUUUCUACCAUUCAGCACCUUGGCGAUAGAAUCCAGCUUUUAAUCAGGCUGAUUACAGCAGAAUGGGUUGCCGCCGGCGGCGAAGAGCAACCGUUUGAAAGCCCGGCCUGGACGACAUUGACGGACCAGCUCCAGGAUGCCACUGAGGAGUUAGUUGCAGAAGUGAUCAGCCCCAAAUCAUACUUUCGCAAUCUCCAACUCAGCCACUACGACUUAGUUGCCUUUCAGGUUGCGUUGGAAUUCCGGCUGUUCAACCAUGUCCCUCUUUCAGGUGAAAUUACGUUGAAGGAACUGGCUCAAAAGGUGGGCGUCGAUCAGGAUCGAGUAGGGCGAGUGAUGCGACUUCUCAAUGUGCAUGGCGUCUUCGAGGAGACACGUGAAGAUGUCUUCAUGCAUAGUGUUAUAUCCGAAUUCAUCGCAAAAGAUGAUUCGGCCCAAUCGGCGAUAGCAAUCCAGAUGGACGAGAUGUACCAAGCAGCCUCCAGUACAGCCGAAGCUAUUCGGAAAAGCCCGCUAGAACAGAAGUCAGAUAUAACCCCAUUUUCAACACGUUUCGGUACCUCUAUCUACGAGUUCUAUACAAAGAACUCAGAUAAAGCAGAUCGUUUUGGGCGAGCAAUGAGGGGUGCCUCUGGUUUGGAUGAAGAAUCCAUGAUCAGUCUCCGAGAGUGCUACGACUGGGCUGCCAUGGGGAGUGGGAAGAUUGUUGACGUAGGCGGUGGCGCUGGACAUGUCUCCAAACUACUUAGUCAGCACUUCCCCAACCUGUCGUUCGUUGUACAGGACAUCUUUCCCCCGCCAUCUUUAGGUCCGGAUAACAAAAUUGCGGAAAACGUCCAAUUUCACCAGCAUGAUUUCUUCCAGCCACAACCGGUUACCGAUGCCGAGGCAUACUUUAUGAAACAUGCAUUGCACAAUCACAGCGAUGCAGAUUGUAUUAAAAUCAUACGCGCAUUGGUCCCAGCACUCGAAAAAGCUGGUAAAGGAACACCGCUUCUGCUCAAUGAAGGUAUCAUUCCGGCAUUGGGUCACAAAACGCCUAGACAUCAAGAUCUAGCUAUACGGAGAGGUGAUAUGUGUAUGAUGGUGACAUUGUCUGCCAGAGAGCGCACAGCAAAGCAGUUUGGACAAUUGCUGAAGGCAGCAGAUCCACGGCUUAACGUAACCAAAAUUCAUGGUGGUGCUGUGACAAAACUAAUUGAAGUUCAUCUGGCCAAUGCAGAAGAAGCUCCGGCCAAUGGCAUCGCACCGAUUGAUGUGUAA